AUGAAACCCGCCAAUUUUAAAAUGCUGCUAAAAUAUCCAGAUAUUCUGAAGUUCAUGAAAUAUGCGGGCUUACGAUUUGCUGUAACCUUAACUCAGAAGUAUCCAUGUAAAGCCCCAUCCGUUUUAUUGGCUGAAGGUAUUUUGCCUAAAGUGUGUUCGGAUGACCUUGUGUAUGAGCAAAUCACAUUGGAGAAGAAUGAAUCACCAUGUAUCGAUGUUUUACUUAUAGAAAACGUACCUGGACUUGGAUCUAUUGGGACACUAGCAUCUGUACAUCGAAACAGAUUUUGGAGAUAUUUAUAUAUUAAGGGCCUUGCUGAACUGCCAACGAAAGAGCGGAUCGUCGAAAUGAAGUCAAAACAAGAGGAAAAACCGUCUAUAUUAUGUGGUCAAUCUUAUGUACUUCAACAACAUUUAUGCAACAUGACUCUUUAUAUACCUAUGAAUCCUUCCCGAGAGUGGAUUCUCAACAAAACACAUGUCAAGGUUGCCUUCAGAAAAUAUGGUAUUAUAAUACACGAAGAUUCUAUUUCGCUGCCAACGAAACAAAUAACUCCUAAGAAUGCUGAAUCUCAAUUCAAAGUUAGUGUCAAUAUUGGAGAUGUUGUCAAUGUUGAUGUCCCAUGUAAAAUAUUUCUUUAUCAAAAGAUAGAUAAUUCAAAUUGUACUCAACCGCCAACAAAUGUUUUUAAAAACAUACAUGUUGAAGAUUGGUCUUCAGAUUUUGAAAAAAUACUUCUUCUUACUUUGUGUUUCUGUUGUUUGAACUUUUCUAUUCUGGUUGUUAGUUAUGCAAUAUUUGUUGUUUUGCUUUCGCCUCCGCUCGAAUAUAUUUAUGUGGUUUACACAAAUUUCACGAACUGUGUGGAUCCGUAUUUACAGGAGAAAAUUAAUUGUAUUCGUCGAUGCCUUUCUAAUAUACGAAGACGAGCUUAUGAACCGAUUCAAAUUAAACAAUGUGAAGGCCCUGAUGUGAAGUUCAUGAUCUCUGAUAUAAGUCCUUGUGGGAAAUCAGCCCUGGUUCACUUCGAUCAGUAUUAUACUGAUGCUUAUGGACCAGUUGCCUGGCGUGCGAUGCGUGUAGCUUUAUUGAUGCCGUCAAAAAAAGCUAUCUUAUAUAAUCGAUAUUUUCCUAAUGUUGCAUCAACAAUUCCAUCAUCAUUCAAAUCCUUUCUACCUAAUUUAGAUUUUAUCCAUACUUUAGCCAAAUCUCAAAGUUCUCUACCAGAGGAGGUUUUACAAAGUAAACAGAUUCCAGAUAUAGUUGACCAGGUAAUCAGCUUUUUAUUGACUGUUUGUGUGUAUUCUUGA